CCGUGUGGGUUCGUUGUCAUUUCUUUGAUAAAAUUUUGAAUUGAAAAUCACCGUUACAUAUAUCAGAAACGAUCCCGUUGGCCAGUUUAGUUAAUUAGUCAGUUUCGUGUUAAUUGAGAAAAAGCCAAAAAUUGUUACGUCACAUGAAAAUUUCGGUGCGGAAAAGUGUUUGUGCGUGUUGAUUUCCCCUCAGCAGUGAUUGCGGUACCUUUUUAUAGACGACGCGCGCUGCAUGUGCUGCAACAAACACACACACACACACACGCACACGCACGCACACACUUAUAUACAUGUGUGAUAUUUGAAAUGUUCGAGCGUGCGUAAGAUAGAGUUUGUGUUAUUAUUGGAGGACAUACAGUAGUCGGUGCUUAGAAUUUCAUUUGCAUGUGGAACUGUCGUUAUUUUCGAGGGGUCUCAUAUUCACUUGUAAUUGUGAUUCGUAGGAAGUAAGAUCUCUAGUAGUAUAAAAAUAAAAAUAAAAUAGUGUAAUUUCAACUUCAAAUCGGAACGCAACAUAAGAAAACAACAACAAACAAGAACAACACACUCGAACCACCAAUUAACAACAUUAACCGUUAACCGUCGCGCAUCCGUCAAACUUUAACCGUCUUUUACGCAUUGAGUAAUAAGAGCACAAAGAAAAAAUAGAAAAGAAAAAAAAACUAAAGCAGCAACGUAACUCCGUAACGUAUCAAGAACGCGUCCCGUCUCCCGAAUUGUAAUUGUGUGUGUGCGAAUGCAACAGCAACAAGAAUCUCUCUUCAAGCAACAAGACAUAACGUAACGCUGCGUAUAACGUUUUGGACAAAGCAAACCUAGCAUUUCUUUCGUUAAAAAAAAAACUAUAAAAGCUGAAGAACAACAACGCACACAUACAGCAAAGGGCGCUGAGAAAAGAAACUGGAAAACGCAACGAGCAGCAAAACGCGACGUGACCUGACCUGACCAGACUCGACCUGACGUGACGGGACGACGGUCGCCAGCCAACAAACAAUAUUAAUGCGUGUUAGACUAGACAAGAGCAACACAGACCGAACCAACGCCGCGUAAAAGCCCCGACAGGAGCUGAAACAGAACUCUCUACAAGAGCUAGAGAAAGGAGAGAGCGAGACAGACAGAGACAGAAAGAGAGAGGGAGAGAAAGAGAGAGAGAGAGAGAGAGAGAGAUAAGUCUCUCACGCUUGUGGAAUCGAAUUUCUUGCGCCCCCACGUUUAAGAGAAACAGCCUCAAGAUUCUGCCCUUCGGUGCCAACUUUCGUCUGGAGACGACACCAGCCGAAAUGCACAAAAUAACAGCCGCACCGGCUGCGGCCACAGCGCCAACCGGUGCACUGGAGGCGCCACUGGCAGCGCCCAAAUACGGCACACUUAUCCCGAAUCGCAUCUUUGUGGGCGGCAUUAGUGGCGACACCACCGAGGCGGAUCUGACGCGUGUGUUCAGCGCCUACGGCACCGUGAAGAGUACAAAGAUAAUUGUGGAUCGUGCCGGUGUUAGCAAGGGCUACGGAUUUGUUACCUUUGAGACAGAGCAGGAGGCGCAAAGACUGCAGGCGGAUGGUGAGUGCGUGGUGCUGCGUGAUCGCAAGCUGAACAUUGCGCCAGCCAUCAAGAAACAGCCCAAUCCGCUGCAGUCGAUUGUGGCCACCAAUGGAGCCGUUUAUUAUACCACCACGCCGCCGGCACCGAUUAGCAAUAUACCCAUGGAUCAGUUUGCCGCUGCCGUCUAUCCGCCAGUUACUGACUUUACAGCCGCUGGCGUGCCAGCCAUCUACCCACCUUCAGCCAUGCAAUAUCAGCCAUUCUAUCAGUACUACAGCGUGCCAAUGAAUGUACCCACCAUUUGGCCUCAGAACUAUCAAGGCAUUUAUCCCUGUUAACUUUGAGGAUGCAGCAACAACUACAACAACAAUAACUACAACAACAGUAAAUACUGAUGCUACUUACUACAAGAACAACAAUAGCAACAACUACAACAACUACAACUACAACAAAGCAUUAAUAGAAUUUAUUUAAACAGCAGCAGCUGCUAAAGUAUAUUAUAAUAAAUUUGUAGCUACGUUUUCUAUAGAUACGUAUAGAUACACAGUUGGAAAUCAACCAAGGACACAACACACACACACAUGCAUACGCACGCACGCAUGCACACAUACAUACAUAUAUAUAUAAGAGUGCAUAAGCAGCUUAUGUUUUUAGUUGGUGGAGCUGACUAAAGUGCGGGAGGGAAGCGGGGCGGCGAGUCCGGGCUUGACUGUACUUCAGUCGCAACAUUUAAUAAUGUGCAAUUAGCGGAGGUGGAAUGGCUGCCAGGGAGAGGACAGUUGGGGGGCUGGUAUAAGGGGGGAAUAUGCAGGCAACAUUGUUGCAGCUGCUAUUGCUGCUGCUGCUGGCAAACGGCAAAUGAAAGACAGAAAUAAGCAGCAAAAAUAAAUUUAUAUGUAGAAAUAUAAUUUUGGGUUAUUUAGCACAAAUGAGACAGAUACACACACCCACACACACACACACACACACACACAGAGAGAAGCAAGUCAAGUCAGCUAGAAUAUUAUUUAUUGAGGCAGUAGAGCAGCAAAUAUACCGAAAAGAGAGAGAGAGAGGGAGGGUAGAAGAGAAACGCGUACAUUAAGUAUAAGAGAGCGUGCAGCGGGGAGGAGGGCAGCAGAACGAAAGUUGAAAGACAUAAAUUAUGCAUAAAUAUUAAUUUAUAUAAAAUACACACGCACACAACACGACACACACACACACACACACACACUUAAAUGUAAAUGUAACUGUAAAUGAUAACGGUAAAUGUUAUACACAUACAGCAAUACAAAGCAAAAGCAAAAAGUAACUAAAUAAUUAGUUUAAAAAAAAAAACCGCCGCACAAAGAAGGCGCGCAAGCUAAAAGAUAACAUAACUACACACACACACACGUACACACAUACACACAACUAACAUACACAUAUAUAUAUACAUGCGUAAGUUAUAUAGAAUAUUUGUAAGCCAAGCAAAAAGUAAACUGAACGAAAUUGUAGUCUUAACGAAGCAAAAAAAAAAAAAACUGAUGUUAAAACGAAUUAAAAUACUAAAGGCAAAACAGAGAGAAAAGCAAAAUAAAUAUUAGUACUUAAGGCAAAGUGAAAGAGUAUGAAGAAGAAAAACAAGAACCUAUACAAUAAAGAUAUUCAAAAUAUGCUAGCUAAAAGAGCAAAAAGUAUGAAAAGUAUAUACACAAUAUACCAUAUACACAAAUAUAUAUACAUGCAUACAUAUAUAAAUAUAUAUAUACUAUAUACUAAUUAUAUGCCUAGUACAUAGCGAGACUAUUCAAAACAUAAAAAACAAAGAAAAUAAUUUAAAAAAAAAGAAUAACUAAAGCAAUACAUAGACACUCAAAUAAGUGUGUGUUACACGAGUAUUUAGCUAAAUACAAUACAUACAUAAAAUCUAAAAAAAAAAAAAAA